AUGCCUUCAACUUUGAUUGAAACGUCUAGUCGCCCGUCUCCACAGGUCGUUGGCGUGGAAGGACUACCAAACUUUCGAGAUCUCGGAGGAUAUCCUUCGGCGAAGUGUCCCGGAAGAUCAGUGAGAAGAGGCCUCAUCUAUCGAUCAGCAGACCCGUCCCGCAUUUCGGAGCUAGGUAUUGCUCGGCUGCGACAGCUUCGUAUAGCCAAGGUUUUCGACCUUCGUUCGCAUGGUGAGAUUGAGAAAAGCACUAAGAACGGGUGGGGUCAAAUUAGGGAAUGGGACCAGGUUCCGCGUGUCCCGGUUCCUGUCUUUCCUGACGACUUUUACAAGGAUGGGAGGCGAGCCGAAAGAGAUAUUAAGCUCAGGCAGGAAGGAAAUGAGGGAUACCUUUCAUAUUAUCAAGACAUUCUGACAUCCGCUUGUUCGCCCGAAAAUACCAACCGGCCGUUCGGUCAAAUCUUCGCAUACUUGGCGGAUACACCGGCCCAUGAGCUCGAACCGAUUCUGAUUCACUGCUCGCUUGGAAAAGACCGAACAGGGGUCAUCAGUGCAUUGAUCCUGAGUCUGUGUGGCGUGGACAGCAGUCUGGUUGCCCACGAAUAUGCAUUAUCAUCUUCGGGACUCAAGGAAAAGAUAGCGGCGAUAGUAAAAGAGAUGCGUCCCGAUGGACCUGGCCUAUCUGAAGAAGAGUCCCGUUUCUUUGGUUCGAGGAAAGAAUCUAUGCAGCACUUUCUGGACUGGAUUGGAGGCAGUAACGGUGUUGAGAACUAUCUAAUAGAAAAGGGAGUGUUGACAAGAAGCCAAGUCGAAAGGCUACAGGCAACCUUUGUUGUCUGA